UUUAAAAUUCAGUUUAAGCUUCCUUAAUAUAUAUAUAUAAUUUUUUUUACCUGUGCUAACUGUGCGAUCAAGAGCGGAAGCUCCAAAAGAGAGAGAUAGAGAGCGAUCGAGAUUAAGAGAGAGAGCAUAAAGAUGCAGCUACAGAAGAAGUGAAGAAUAUGUUUGUAUGUACAUAUGUACGUAUAUAUGUAUGUAUAGAAAGCCGCCGUGUGUGAAGUAAACAACUUUUGUGACCGAAAACCUUAAAAAAAAACAAGACCUCACGCAAAGCAAAGAGAGACACCAAAGAGGAAAAGAAGUACCUAGCAGCAAUUGCAACAACAACAAGAACAAAGCUAAGAGAGCGGACUAAGAUGCCCGAGUGAUCGUGCCAUCUCAGCCAGCGAUCAGAACAGAUUUUGUGGACAGGAAGGAGGAGCAGGAGGAGCAGGAGCAGGAGCAGGAGGAGCAGGUGCACCGAAAGCCAUGGGAAUGCAUGUGAAUGGACGCGAGGUGCGGGAACUGCUGCGCAAGGAUCUGAUAGUUCGAUGGCGCCAAAAGGUGCUCAGCCUGAUCCUGCUGGCCUGGCCAGUGAUGAUCUUCAUGCUGCUCUAUCUCAUCCGGCUGAAGUAUGGCUCGGAGGAGGUGCAAGCCUGCCAGUAUCCAACACGAUUGCUGCCCACCAAAAACCAGGUGGUGCCCGCUGCCUUCUCCUACAUUUGCAGCAUUGAGAAUCGAUGCCAGAAGGCGCAACCCUACGAGGAGUACUCCCGAUGGAAGGAGGCACCACUCCACUCUGUGAUCGAUGUGGUUAAUGCCUUUGUGACCGACGAGCGACUACUCAAAGCUGUGGUGGAGUUGGCCGACAAGGCCAACUUUGUCUCGGCCAUAACCACGCUGAUAACCAGCGAUCGACUGGACAUCAUAAGAAGUAACAUUAGUGAAAUUAUUUCCCUGGUGCCGGAAAUAGAGCGACGCAUGAACUAUAGUUUCGAUAUCAAGCACUUGUUUUCAAAUCGCGAGACCUUUGUUAAGCUGGGCGUUCUGCUGUGCGGUCAUCCCUUUCCUAACACGGAUACCAUUCCCUUAAUUAAUGAGAUUUUGGAAUCGGAGGAUUUUAGUGAAGCUGAUAAAGAUGUGGAACUUGAGGCCAUGCCAAGCCGCCAUCGUAGUCGUCGUCAUGUAACCGAUAAUAAUCUUCCCCUGGACUGGAGGCCAACCAAAUACUGUAAGCAGCUCUAUCGAGAUGUGACAUCCACAAACCAAGGUAAACUCACCUGGAACACCAUUAAGCCAAUCAUUCAGGGAAAGAUUCUGUAUUACCCCGAUAAUGAAAUCACCAAAAAUGUGGUCAAGUUUAGUAAUGCCACCUUUGAGGAGCUAAACAAUAUGAAGGAACUCUCUCGUGCCGCAGCCACGAUCCUAACCAAACUUCACACGAAUUCCACCUUUCAGGAAGCCUUUGAAAGUCUCCUAAAGUUGGCCCGUUCGCCGCUGGUCAAGAGCCUGGUGGGCGAUGAUUUUGAUAUAGGAGAAAUCGAACGAGUAUUCGAAUAUAUUCGCACGAAUCAACUGAUACAUGAUAUCCUAAAUACUGUGGCUGAUCUCAUGGAUUGUGUGUCGGCGGAUCGCUUUGAGGCUGUGGAUACACUGGAGGCCUUGCAGAGGAGAGCCUAUGAGCUGAAUCAAAAUAAAAUGUUUCUGGCUGCUCUCAAUCUGGAGGAUGUGGGUCUCAAGCAGUCCUCAUAUCGCCUGCACAUGGACACUGACAAUACGCAACCGACUUUCGAGAAUCGGAAUCGAUUCUGGUUCCCCGGACCCGCUGACAGCAUGAUCAUGGAUCUCAAAUAUCAUCGAGGAUUUGUUCAGCUGAAGCAAAUGGUGGAUUUGGGUAUCAUCAAGGCCAAGCGGGAUGAGGCUGGUUUCUUGCCAGAGCCGGAGGAGGAUAAUGACAAGAACUCUUCAGCAUUAUUUAGCAUCAAAACUAUCAAUUCCGAUGACGAUGAUGAUGAUGAUGAGGAUGAUGAUGCUUUCGACGACGAAGACGACUUUUUUAAUAAGGAUAUCAAAACAAACAAGACUUUGCCAGACCCCGAAGAUGAGACCACUCUGAGACCUGAGUCAGAAGAUGAAAAGGAGAGUGUGACCACCAUGGAGCAGAUUAUGACUACAGAUCAACCCAAUUUAAGUGAACAACCUGAUUUACUGCUGCUCAAGGAUCAGGGUGUACUGAAGCGUACCAAGCGACAAGGAUUCUUGGACUUAUUGGGAGGUCUUGGUGGAGCUAAGGAUAAGAAGGAGAAAUUCCAAGUGGACGAUAUGCAGUUCUAUACCAAACAGUUUCCUUAUCCCGCCUUCCUCAAUGAUGUUUUUAAGCGUGGUUUAUAUUUGGCCCAAGGUGUCCAGGUGGCCUAUCUCCUGGGUCUUGUCGUAGCCGUGGCUCUUUGUGUGAGGGAACGCAUCUGGAUGAGGGAGAGUCGUAAUAGCAUGCUAAUGCGUUCCAUGGGUCUUAAGGCUCAUUCCGAGCUAGUGGCCUGGGCCUUGAUGAGUUUAAUGGAACUGUGCGUGAUCUUUAUGCUAAUUAGUGCUGUUUUGUAUAGUGGCGGUAUCUUGGCAUAUACCAAUUGGUUUUUCAUGAUGUUCUAUUGUCUGACCUUUGGCAUCUGUUUGAUCUCAUUCUGUUACAUGUGUUCCAACUUCUUUAACUCGGCCAAUAUUGGAGCUGUGGCCACGGCUCUGCUGUUCUUCAUCACUUUGUGUCCUUUUAUCCUAGUCCUGAUGUUUGAUGCCAAGUUGAGUGUAUUUGAGAGCUUCUUAAUUGAUUUAUCCUUUACGACGGCCUUUGCCAAGGGCUUUGGUGAGAUAAUGCGUAUGGAGUUGCAACAGGAGGGCCUCACCUUGAGUCAUCUCUUUGCCACGGGUCCGGCCAGGAGCGAAUGUGCCAUGGCCUUUCUCAUGUUCCUCUUGGAUUUCCUUCUAUAUGCGAUUAUAGGUUUAGCCUAUCAGCGGUACAAGAAGACUAACUAUAGCUUUGUGAAGGUGGCUCGUUCCCAGUUGGAUGACAAACUGGGUGCCUCCAUGGCCAAUGUGAACAAGUUGUAUGGCAGCAAGUUGGCUGUAUCCAAUCUUACCCUGGAUUUUCCCCGAAACCAAGUCAGCUGUCUCUUAGGACGUAAUGGUGCUGGCAAGAGCACUUUAAUCAAGUUGCUCACUGGUCAGAUCCGGCAAAGUAGCGGCAAGGUUUUGCUAGCCGGUGAACAUCAGGUGGGAGUCUGCUGGCAGGAUAAUAUCCUUAUACCCACUCUCACCGCUCGAGAGCAUCUGCAUCUAUAUGCUCAAAUUAAGAUGUCAGCGGAGAGAGAGGAGAAUGCUGAUGCAGAUGAGAUCCGUGCAGAGGUGGCACGCACUUUGCAGAGCCUGAACUUUGGCAAACACGAAUCCUAUGCCGCGUGGCAACUAUCCGGUGGAUACCAGAGACGCCUCUGUGUGGCCAUUGCCUUUAUAGCCUCACCCAGUGUGGUAAUUCUGGAUGAACCCUGCAAUGGAGUAGAUGCCAAGGCACGAAAGGAUAUUUGGCAGCUAAUUGAACGUCUGCGACAAGGACGAGCGGUGAUCUUUGCCACACACUUUCUGGAUGAGGCAAAGUAUCUCAGUGAUUCGCUGGUUAUCAUGCGGAAUGGCAGCAUUGUGGCCCAGCAUAGUCGGGACUCUUUACAACAACUCUGCACUGCCACAUAUAGCAUUAGUGUGCGUUGUGUGGAUGCCACCACCUUGAGUCACAUUGUUCAACAGGCCCAGCAGCUUCUGCCUCAGAGUCAGGUGCUCCAUUUGGGUGCCGGUGAUCAUCCUCAUUGUGUGACUAUACAGGCCAGCUAUGAGGAGCAUUUGACACCCGGUGCCUUGGAGUUCCUGGAGUUGCUGCAAUCGCAGGAGGUCAUUGGAGCUGUUACCGAUGUGGAACUGGCCAGCAGUAAUAGUUUGGAGCAGGAGUUUGAGCAACUGAACAGGAAGAACGGAGGCGAGGAGGUGAGACGAGUGAGGAGCGAAGGAGUAACCACACCUGCGGAGGCUGUAACCGCACAAGAGCCACCCUCCAGUUGCAUUCAGUUUGGACUCCUGAUGAGCAAGAGGAUUAAGCAUUUGUCCCGUAACUAUCGCCUGCUCCUGUAUGUCCUGUUGCUACCCGCUCUCUUUGAGCUCUGCGCCAUGUGGUUUGUGAGUUAUCGUUUGGAGGAUGACUUUGACACAGUCCUGCCCUUGAGUAGAUCUCUUUACCCAAAGUCAACGCAAUUCUGGUCCCAGGAGCAGGCCACACGCUUCACCGAGCAACUGCAACCCCAUCUCAAGACCAGCUGUGAGGAUUUGGGAGAGUGCAGGGAGUUUACCAGCUCGGAGGAGCCUUAUAAUUGGAUCCUCAAGACCCAUGAAAAGUAUCGGGAGAAAAGAUAUGGUGGCUAUAGCUUGAAUGGCUCUGGAGCCACUGUUUGGUACAAUAACAAAGGCUAUCAUGCCAUGAUGGCCUGGCUGAAUGAUCUCAACUCGGAUUUGCUACGAACCACACUCAAUGACUCGGAGUACAGCUUACUGACCCUCAAUGAACCCUGGAAACUGGGCUUUGCCGAGCUAAGCACCAGCUCUAUACUCCGGCAGGCCGGUGACUCUUGUUUUGUGUUUAUUCUACUGAUUGCCUUUGGCUUGGUCGUGGCUGCCGGAUCCGUGUACCUGGUCAAUGAGCGUGAGAAUGGAGAGAAACUGCAGCAGAGGUUGUGUGGUGUCAGUGCUGUGACCUAUUGGCUGGUGGCCUUUGUCUGGGAUUAUCUGGUCAUGGUAAUGGCCUUGGUUGUGUGCCUAGCUGUGGUUUUACUAUUUGGAAUGCCCGUAUUUGUGGAUCGACAGCAAUUGGUGGGCAUUGUGGGUCUGUCCUUAGCUUUCAGCUUCGCCUGUGUUCCCGCCGUGCAUGUGGCCGAGAAACUAUUCAGCGACUCGAGUAUUGCCAUUGUAACCAUCUUUUGUGCCAAUUUGAUCAUCCCUCUGGUCACCAUGGGCAUCAUUCUCAUCCUGGGCGUGGUGGGUGAUGGUUCAGCUUGGGAUAAUUGGCGUCAUGCUCUGAACCAGAUCUUCCUCAUCUUUCCGCAACAUGCUCUGGGCGAUGGUCUUCUGGAAUUGUGCAAGAACUAUAUGGUGGCCCUAGUCUUCCGGCGCUAUGACAUUGAUUCGUAUAAGCAUCCAUUGGCCAGUGAUCUCCUUGCUCGUCACUUUACGGGUCUUGUGCUCGUGGGUGUGAUCUUCCUGAUCCUUAAUGUGCUCAUUGAAUGGCACUUGCUCCGCCGGCUGUGGCAGCGUGUGGAGCGAUUGCUUGACUGUCACUACCGCCAGGAGCUGGAUAAAUUGGGUCAACUGAAGUUGGUUAAUAUACAGAGUAUCUUCAAGAGCUGCGUGGCUGCCGGUGAGGCUGUGAGAGCGGAAAAUCUUUGGCUGGCUUACAGUCGAGGCAGGUAUGCGGUUCGACAGGUGCACUUUAGUGUCCAGCGUGGCGAGUGCUUUGGUUUGCUGGGCAAAAAUGGAGCUGGGAAGUCCACAAUAUUCAAGCUGCUGACGGGUCAGUUGCAACCGAAUGUGGGGCACAUAUACUUUGAGCAGCCGGGUGUCUCCUACUGUCCGCAGAGUAAUCCUCUGGAUCCUUUGCUUACAGUCAGCGAAUGUAUACGAUUCUAUGGCCGCCUGCGUGGUGUUCGAGAGGUAGAUCAGUUCCUGGAAAGAAUGCUGGAUACCUACGAGCUGCGUCCUUACAAGGAGGUGAAAGUGCGCAAUCUCAGUGGCGGCAACAGGCGGAAGUUAACCGUGGCCGUCACCUGCUGUGGCACCACACCCACUGUCCUGCUGGAUGAACCCACCAGUGACAUGGAUCCUGUAACCCGUGAUUUGGUCUAUGCCACCAUUGAGAAACUGCUAUUGGAUCGUCGUGCCGUGGUGCUCACCUCACAUUCUGUGUCAGAGAUUGAGCAUCUUUGCCAGCGGGUUGCAGUGCUCCGAAAUGGUCAGGUGAUUGCCAGUGAUACACCCGAGAGGCUGAAGGCCGAGCAUGGUGGUUACUAUGCGGUGAGCUGCUUCUGUGGUCCCGCUCAACAGGCUCUGCUGGCCAGGAGUCUGGGUCAGAGACUUUCGGGUAUAAGAGACCUCCAGCACUAUGGACACAGUCUCCGCUUCCUGGUGAGGAUUAGGGCACCGGGUAGCCCGGUUACCCCAGAUCAGCCACUCCUUUCGGAGCUCUUUGUAAUUCUGCGGGAUCUGUGCCUGGAUGUGGGACGCUUCUCACUCAGUCGUUGCCGUUUCGAGACCGUUUUCGAGAGAAUCCUUGACAGCUGUGAGGCGAAUGGAGCUCCGGCGAAUGGAGUGAAUGGAAAGCUUCAUCAGGAAGUGGGACAGGAUCUGCCGGCAAAAUCACCUGCAGUUAGUGGCUCCCUGGAAACGGGUUACGUACACUGUGCCUACGAGGAGACGAGAACCUAA